ACAAAAUAAAUAAAAAUAAAAUAAAAAUGAAACCAUAUUUCUUUCUGCUUACAACCUACCCCUCUCUCCCUCUUGAUUGUGCAUGUCGGAUCCCUAUCAUCCGCGCACUUCAUACAAUUAGGGUUCAAUCUUUCUAAAUUCUUUUCCCAACAACGAACUUCAUUCCAUUAUUGAAAUUAUCAGCCCUUCACUGAGAUCAUAAACAAUGGAAAACGACAACAACGCCACCACAAACACCACCGGCAUCGUAUCCAUGGAGAACCUCAAUCAGGUUGCCAACUGGGUUAGCGCCACCGUGAUCUCCGCCUUCUUCUCGUCCCUCGAGCGUUUUUCUUGCGUUAAUGUUGCUACCACCGACCCCGACGACGAUGAUAAUGAAGAUGAUGCCAAGGACAGUCCUCUCGCUCUCACCACCAACCCCCAUCAACGCGACGAUGUCUCUGACCUCCCAGUUUGAUUAUCCAAUCAAAAAUUCCCCUCGCUAUUUGUGGUAUCGCUUCCCUGCUUAUCCCCUCUCAAAAACCCCAAGGCCCCCAAGUUUCAACAUUUGUGUUUUGUUUGUGGAUUUUCUGGGUUUUAUUAAUACAAAUCGUUAUACCGUGAUUAUUGUUAUAAUGAUUGUUACCCUUAUGAAGUUUGAAUUCGUUUCUGUCAUGUGAGGCUCAUUGCUUAAUUGAGCUUCUUCUA